AACGAAACGAAUACCCUCCCUCCAUUUCCCCCUUUGUGCUCCCAAAAAUUCCUUCCUUCGAACUCUCAAAACCCUCGUGUCUCCUCUCAAUUCUGUAUCACCACACAAAAAUGUCUUCUGAAGAUGCAAAACGUGUGAAGAAUGAGGUAGACGAGGAUGAUAAUGAUGAUAAAUCUCUCAGUUCAAUGAUUCAAAACAAGAACAAAAAACCCAACGGCAGCACUCCUUCAACGGCCAAAUCACUUUCUCUCAAGUCAAAGAAAGUAGCAUCUAAGCUCAAGAAAGACGAAGACUCUGAUGAUGGUUUUACACCCAAGAAAAUCACACUCAACAAUAACAAGGCCAAGAAAGAGGGAAUUGGAAGUGCUGAAACGAAGAAAACACCCAUUAGUAAGGUGAAGAAGGAGGAAGCUGGAAGUGCUAAUACGAAGAAGACACCCAACAAUGAGGCCAAGAAGGAGAAAACUAGCAAUUCUGAUAAGAAAAAAGGGGGGAAAAUAACUGAGCAAAAUGGGAAGACGAAAGAAGAAAAGAGAAAGGGUGGCAAAGUAGAACCAAGUGCUGUUAAAGAGAAGAAAGAAAAGAAGGUGUAUGAUUUACCGGGUCAAAAGCGUGAUCCUCCAGAAGAGAGAGACCCGUUAAGGAUUUUCUAUGAAUCCUUGUACAAGCAAAUACCAGCUAGCGAAAUGGCUGCGAUUUGGAUGAUGGAAUCAGGGUUGCUUCCGAGGGAUGUGGCAAAGAAAUUAUUCGAGGCAAAAAGGAAGAAAGCCCAACAGCAAAAACUUGGUUCGCCAAUGAAAACAGUAGUCAACGUGAAGAAGAAAAGCGAUUCAUCUGUUUCGAUCAAGAAAAAGACUGUUUCCACAGAAAAGAAGAAAACGCCCCCAUGUAAAGCUCCAUCCAUGCAAUCAAAGAAAAGAAAGAUUGCAGACGACAUUGAUGAAUCAAGCGAAGAAUCUGAUGAUGAUUUUGUUAUACCUCGAACGAUCAAGAAAUCAAAAGCGGCUUGAUUAGGGUUCCAUAUCUUGGUUAAGUUGGAACAUAGUUUAGUUUGUAUCUGCUGACACUCUUCGAUCUUGAACUUCUGGUUAUACAGAUUUGAUGAACUCUUUUAGCUCUAA